CUUCUAUUCUAGUUCAGUUUCGUUUUCACUUUUCCACCAUUCUUCUUUAUUCCUCUUUUUUCAUUUCCUUUAAAAUUCGCCAAAUCCAAAUCAUAACCACUUCUUCCACAAACGCGCUUCUCUCAAUAAGCCACCAUGAAGAACGCUUCGACGAGGAACUCUGAUUCCUCGUCUCACUUCGACUCCCCUCACUCUCCUCUCCGAUUUAAAUCCUCUCCACUAUCCGACGGCGGCGAUCCUUUCCACUCCACCGAAAACUCGCCGGAAAAUUCCCACCGAGACAACUCCAGAGCUAUCGUAAUCAUCGAGCCUUCAAUACAGCACUCUCAAGUCUCCGCUUCCGUACCAGACUCCGAGCACCGGAACCAUCCGGUAAAUGAGCAACCGGCGGUGGUGGUUAACAGAGCCAUGAGGAAUGAUCCUCCUCCUACCACAACGAAUCUAGGUCCCAACGUCACAAGAGGAGGCCGUGAAGAUGGCGGCGGUAGGAGUAGACAGAGGACAACGACGCCGGCGGUGCCGGCAUGGUCGAAAAGUGAUGUGAUGACAGGGAAGGUUGCGUUAGGAUUCCGAAUAAGCGAAGUGGUGCUAUGUCUGAUUUCGUUUUCGGUUAUGGCCGCCGAUAAGACUCAAGGUUGGAGUGGCGACUCCUUUGAUCGUUACAAAGAAUACAGGUAUUGUUUGUCUAUGACAGUAAUCGGUUUUGUAUAUGCGGGGUUUCAAGCAUGUGAACUUGGCUAUCAACUUAUAACAGGAAAACACAUAGUCAAUCACCACCUGCGUUUUCAUUUUGAUUUCCUUAUGGAUCAGGUUUUGGCAUAUCUUUUGAUAUCAUCAGCAUCAUCAGCAGCCACUAGGGUUGAUGAUUGGCAAUCAAAUUGGGGAAAAGAUGAAUUCACAGAAAUGGCUAGUGCUUCUAUUGCAUUGGCCUUUCUUGCUUUCAUCGCCUUUGCUAUUAGCUCACUUAUCUCCGGUUACAACCUAUGUAAUCGUUACCCCUAGUAAUACUUUAACCUUAUACUACUAUUUAUCGAUUUAUACUUUUUUCUUUCUUACUACCAUGGAGAAAUGUAUUCAAAAUAACUUCGAGUCUCGUGAAUUUUAACUGUAUAGACAGACUUUUGUACACUUAUACUUGCAUGAUAUUGGAGGAUGAGGAUGAUAAUUUUAUUUUUAGAAUACAA